AUGCCCAACUUCAUCAAGUCCCCAGACGAUCAGACAGGGAUUUCGGGAGGAGUGGCGUCGUUCGUAUGCCAGGCGGUGGGCGAACCCAAACCACGCAUCACCUGGAUGAAGAAGGGGAAGAAAGUCAGCUCUCAACGCUUUGAGGUGAUUGAGUUUGACGACGGUUCGGGGUCGGUGCUACGUAUCCAGCCUUUGAGGACCCACCGUGAUGAAGCCAUCUAUGAAUGCACCGCCACCAACAGUGUGGGAGAGAUCAACACCAGUGCCAAGCUCACUGUCUUAGAAGUGCUGGUGGAGCUCAGGAUUUAUCCAUAA